GAGAAGUGAAAAUCAGAGCAAGGAGUUUUUACAGAGAUUUUUGAAAACAUGGCUCCAAAGAGAUCAUCAGGAAAGGUUGUGGUGAAGGCAACGAAGAAAGUAGUCGAAACUGUCGAUAUUUCAGUUGAUGUCGAUGAAAUAGGGGAAGUUACAAAUCCAGAGGAAACAAUAACAAAAGACAUUAAUGUUGUUGUUGAAGAAACUAUUAAGAAGAAACCUCAACAGGAAACUGCAGCAAAAGUUACUCCACUGAAAAUAGAAGGAGCUAAGGAUCAGACCGAGAAGAAAAAGGAUGGAAAAGAAGAAGCGAAGAAAACACAAGAUGGAGAAGAGACAGAGAAAUCUCAAGAAGAAAAUGAAAAGACAAAAGUAGAGAAGAAGAAGGUGAAGAAAACCCAAGAGAAAGGAAAGGAAGAGAAAGAGAAGAAGCAGAGAACAGGGAGGAAGAGAAAGAUGUUUACUGGUAUUGAAGGGGAAUACAAGAGAUAUGUGUUUAAGGUAUUAAAACAAGUUCAUCCAGAUUUAGGUGUAUCUUCAAGAGCAAUGGUUAUUAUAAAUGGAUUAAUGAAUGAUAUGUUUGAAAGAUUAGCAAAGGAAGCAGCAAAACUUUGUGAUUAUACAGGAAGGAUGACAAUGUCUUCGAGGGAAAUUCAAGCUGCUGUUCGAUUGGUGUUACCAGGAGAACUUGGUAAACAUGCUAUUUCAGAAGGGGUUAAAGCUGUUACUAACUACACAUCUCAUGAGUAGUUGUUUGAAGUUCUCCGUAGGCUAGGUUCUUUUGCACUUCUUGUUUGUUCAAUUAGUACUGCUAACUAACUAGGAGUAGAUUAAUCUGUGUGUUUAUGUUUGUAAGGCUUUCUUGUAUUUCUACUAAUAGUAGUAUGCAUGUUGUUUGUAAUCGAUGUUUUAGUUCAA